CGAAAAUUGGGGAAGUUGGUAUUGAGCAAACAACCAUGAAUUCAUCGUUCAAUCUUCUACUACAUUGACAAGCCCCAUUCACAUAACGUAGUUAAAACGAAAUUGGGUAUUGUGUUGUCAGUCAGCAGAUCGCUUUUGUUUAGAACAGUCAAAAUUAGCUGGUGUGUUGGUGAAUUGUGUAUGUGCACAUUUGGAAUAUGUGUUCUUGUUGUGUAUAAGAUAUCAUGCACUCAAAAUCAACUUCUGUGAAAGAUUACUCCGGACCACCUGAAAUACGAAAACAUAAAAAUUCUAAAAUCUGCUAUGGAGUGGCUGAUGAAGUUUUUACCCAGGACUUAAACGCAAUCCUUCGCGAAGAAUUACAAAUAGCUGACAGACAUAAAUCUAACUAUGAAACUCUCAAGUCUGCAUUCAAGAAGCUUUAUAAUGCUUAUAAUCAACUAGAAUCACGAUUGAAUUCAUCAGCAAAUGAUUCAAAGUUAUUGGAAAGACAACAACAACAACAACAACAACAAGGUGAUAUCCAUCUGAUGGAAGCACGCAAUAAUUUAAACGAAUACAUUUCAGCAAUGGAGAUUGUAAAACAGUCUAAUUCUAUACCAGCUGUAGAAACGUUGGAAAUCUCUAUGCUUAAGAUUACAAAUGAAUUAGAAGCAAAAUAUCGUGAACAAAUUUUAAAUCUACAAUAUGAUCUACAAAGUUGUCAAAAUGAAAAUCGAUUACUUGUAGAGGAGAUACAAAAUCUGAAUAAAACAUUAAAUCAAGAACGUAGUGAAUUCAAGAAUACACUAAUGAAUUCAAAAUUGUUUUAUGAAGCCGAAAUUUCAAGCCUUCAGAAAAUUAAAGAUCACCAAAACACAGAGAUUAACCAACUAUCCUUAGUUCAAACUAAUGAAGAUAAAAAGAUACUUUUACAAAAUGCACAAUUACAGGCUAAAUGCGAUGAACUAAGCAAUCAACUUGAAUUGAUUAGAAACAAUCUAUCCAAAGAAAGGGAACAGAUCCAAUUAGAAAAUGAGGAUCAAUUACAGCUGUGCAGUGAACUUAAAGCUAAGAAUAUGGAACUUGAAGCAAUCUGUUCAACACAAAAGAAUCAUAUCAAUGCUUUAACUCAAGAAGUGAAUGAAUUACGCGCGGAGUUGAUAAAUCAUCGUCAAACACUUGUAGAAUCUACAAAAUGUCAGUAUAAAGCUGAAACACAAAUCGAUAAAUUGUUACAAUCAACACGUAUUGAAUUAAUCAACUUACGCAAAGAGGCAGAAUAUCAAAAAAGUGAAAUAGAUAAACAACGAAGUGAAUUAACUGAAAAAUCUAGAAAAUUACAAGAUGAGUUGGAUAUGUUGCAUAAUCGAUUGACGUGUACCAAUCAAUUCUCUGGGAACAGGGAGAAUAAUCAUUUCGAUGUAAUAAACACACAAAACAACAACGAUGAAGAAGAAGAGAAAUUACAACGAAUAAUUAAACUGUUUCAAAAACACUUUUUGUUGCAUAUAAAUGAAUUUGAAAAUAAAGUGUCAAGUAUUUCAGAUCGUUUAAAUUUAGAAGUUGAUCAAAUGCAAACAUUUCAGAUGCAUGCAAAAUCAAUUAUGGAAACGAUAAAUCAGUCAUCGAUGUAUCCAAAAUCGUUUAUCCCAUCACAACAACAGAAUGGAAAAACUUCAGAUCGUAUACAACUAACCCUUGUACAGGAUAAUAUGCAACGUUAUGUAGAUGAUGCGCGUAAGAAAAAGCGAACAUUAUGCCUUCGAAUAGUUCUUCUUAAACAGAAAAUCAACUUCCUCGAAUCUGAAAUCGAGAAACUACGUGAAGAAAACAUCAAUUUGAAGACGAAUGUUGCAUCAAUAACUGAGUAUGAACGUGUAUGUCUUGCUUAUAAAGAUUUAUAUAGACGUCAUCAAGAAUAUGAACGUAUUAUUCUUAAUUCUGAUAAUCAGAAAUUUAUUACAAAUAAUGAUCAUGUUGGACGACUUACAGAAGAAGAAUGAAAGGAAUAAUUAAAUGAAAACCCUUUUUUCAAUUGUUUUACAGGGUUCAUCACAACACAAAAGCACUACCUUCAUAUUAUUUAUGAUUCCAGCACCUCCACCAAUCUUCCCCACACACCCACCCCAAUCCCAUCCCUCGCCGACUAUCACGAUUCUUAUCAAUUAUUGUUAUUAUUAUCAUCAUCAUUAGUAAUAAUAAUAGAUAUAUCAAAGGGGCAAGCAAUUCUCUUCUCAAAGUAUUCUAACACAGGAUCAAUCCCAUUCAGUAAAAUACCACAAACUCAUUCACAAAAAUAUUUUAAAAAAAACAAAAUUAAUCAUCAUCUAACCCAAUAAAAAGCAUCACUACUGAAGACAGAUUGUGCAUUACACACAGAGAACAAAUUGCAUUUCAAUAAAAGAUUUCAACAUUUUGUAUGACUUUAAUUCGCGCAAAAGUAUAUGAGAUAUACUUUUUUUCUAAAAGUCAUUUUUUUCUUAAUUUGUUUGUUUCUUCAAAAGACAUACAAAAAUAUAUACAUACAUAUUAUGAUGCAUUUAUAAUUCGAAAACUUU